AUGGCCGAGCGGUCUAAGGCGCUGCGUUCAGGUCGCAGUCUCCUCUGGAGGCCGAGGGCUCAGCAGGUGCCGGCAGUGUCCCAGUCAGCCUACUCCCCUUCUUCCUCGGACACGGGGGAGUCCAUGCUGGCCAACUCUCCCCAGACUGUGCUAACCAAAAGCCUCCCACCGGCCAACAUCAUGAGCCUGCCGCUAACACAGCCCACCACCAAGAAAAAAGGUGUGAAACGUAAGGCAGACACCACCACCCCUUCCACCAUGGGAUUAACUGUGGGCCUGUCAGGAGCAACACACAUGGUGGGUCUUGGGAAAGGAGGCCACGGGGGCCAGGUCCACGACACCUCCAUGCACUCCAUCUCUUCCAUGGGGGGCAUGAGCCUGGAGACCCCACCUGGGAUGGGCCUGGUGAGGAGCCCUGGAGGUCCCAUCCUUCUCCAGCCAAUGAUGGCGGGCGGUGGACGCAGAGUGGGCAGCGGACGCCCCAUCAAACCCCCCAAGAAGGACCUGCCUGACUCAGUCCAGGCUCAGCCCCUGAAGAAGGGCAAAAUGAGCCCCCAGCUGAGGUACUGCAGCGGCCUGCUGAAGGACAUGUUGUCAAAGAAACAUGCAGCGUACGCCUGGCCGUUCUACACCCCUGUGGACGCAGCUGCACUGGGACUUCAUGACUAUCAUGAUAUCAUUAAAUGUCCCAUGGACCUCAACUCCAUCAAGAGGAAGAUGGACUGUCGGGAAUACAGAGACGCUCAACAGUUUGCUAGCGAAAUCAGACUCAUGUUCUCCAACUGCUACAAGUACAACCCACCCGACCAUGAUGUUGUAGGCAUGGCACGGAAACUGCAGGAUGUGUUUGAGUUCCGAUUUGCAAAGAUGCCAGAUGUCCCACAUAUGGAUCACUCAGCCAUGUCAAUAAGUGGCAAUCCAUCAUCAUCGUCUUCCUCUUCUUCCUCCUCCUCGUCCUCAUCAUCCUCCACCUCAGAGAGUGAGCCCAGCAGUGAGAGUGAAGGGAGUGAGAGCAGCCCUAACUCCGACUGCGAAGAAGUGCGAGCACAUCGCUUGGCUGAGUUACAGAAUCAGGUGUGCACACAACUCAAAGCCAUGCACGAGCAGCUCGCCGCCCUCUCUCAAGGCCCCAUCAUUAAGGCCAAGAAGAAGAAAGAGAAGAAGGACAAAAAGGAAAAGGAGAAGAAGAAAAAGAAGAAGCUGGAGAAGAGGAGUCGAACUGAAAGAAGCAGAGCUGGCUCUGAGGAAUGGAAAAUGCCCGGCAAGAUCCUGAAAAGCAAGUCUGCCAAAACAGUUGGCUCCCAGCCAAAGAAGAGCCAGGGGAAGAAGAGUAACAAGAAUAGCAAGCCCACAAAGAAGCCCUUCUACCCCCCACCGCCCACAUCCAUGCUGCCGCACUACGACUCUGAGGAAGAGGAGGAGUUUGUGCCCAUGUCGUACGAUGAGAAGCGCCAGCUGAGUCUCGACAUCAACAAGCUGCCGGGGGAGAAGCUGGGUCGUGUGGUCCACAUCAUUCAGUCCAGGGAGCCUUCCCUGAGGGACACCAACCCCGAGGAGAUCGAGAUUGACUUUGAAACACUGAAGCCGUCGACACUGAAGGAGCUGGAGCGCUACGUCAUGACCUGUCUGAGGAAGAAGCCCCGCAAGCCUUACGGUGAACUAGGUAAAUGAAGCAAUCAAAUAACAGAAUAUCUUUGUUUCAAUAAUGUCUUACGGAGCCCCUAAAGGGACAUGGAAAAAAAAAAAAAAGAGAGAGAGAUCGAGAUCUCGUUCGCCAAGGAGUUACCGGUGCGCCAAGGAGGAAGUGGAGCGCACAGGAGUUGUGUUUACGUGGGGACUCAGACUUCAUUUUAAGGACAUUUCGGCCAGGGGUGUGUGGUUAAAACGUAGCAGCCUGCGGUUACUCCAGAAGGCAGCGGGACGUGUAACUCAGAGAUAAGCAGCACCAGCGCUCAAAGAGCUUU